GAGGGGACACGCUCCUCGGGGCAGUGCGGCCGCCUGCGGCUCCUUGCUCUCCGGGUCCCCGGGUAGCACCGCUGAGCCCGCCGCCUCGCCAGGCUGCUGGGGACCGUCCCCUUUUCCCACGUCCUGUCGAGCGACCCUGGUGAGUCCCGGCCCUCUCCUCGGUCACUGGAGGGUGAGGCAGAAGGCUCGAGAAGAGAAGCGUAAAUAAAGUGCUUGUGGUAGUGGAGAAGAAUUGGAAAUGACCCGAAUGCAUCACUCGGGUUGGUUGAGAAACUGCAACACCCCCAUGCCGCAGAAGCUUAUAGGUGCUCUAAUGAAGAACCGUUGCUAGGUGAAAAACGCAAGAUCCAAAGUGGUAGGCCCUUAAGAUCUCAUUUAUGUAAAGCACACAGAAAACAAUUUUCGUUCAGUAAAAAGCACAGGAAAAAAAAUACGGCACGUCAUAUAUCAGAUUGUUGGUGAAUCAAAUGAAACAUAUAUUGGUAUAUUAACAUUCCCCUCCCGUUUUUUAAAUUAUGAUGCUCAUGCUAAUUAGACUGUUGAAAUAAAAAAGGCAAAAAUUCGAAUCACUUAUGAGAAUAUUGUGAAGCAGUAGCAACAUAAAAUCCAAAUACAUGGCGUUGAAUGGUGUUCAUGAGGCCUCUAAUACUACCCCUUAUCUGGAGUAAAAUGUUUCUGGAAUUUGUAAGCUUUUUUUAAAAAGAUUUUUUAUUUUAGGUGUCUUGUGUUUGCCUUCAUGUAUGUUAAGCGUACCACAUGCAUGCAGUGUUUGAGGAGGGCCAAUAGAGGGCGUCAGAUACCCUGGAAUUGGAAUUAAAAAUGGUUGCGAGCCUCCACGUGGAUGCUGGAAAUUGAAUCUGCUGCCUCUGUAAGAGAAACACAUACUCUAAACCACUGAGCCAUCUCACCAGCCCUGUCAAUUUGCAUAUGUGUCCUGAUGCCAGCCCAGCUGUCACAGAGAAUCCCUGUAGGAGACUGACAGGGUCAACUCUGGAGCCCCAAGCUAAGGCUGACUAGCCCUGAGCCUUCGGCCAGGGGAUGGCAUCCCUCCAGGAGCUCCAAGCCCAUGCUCCUGGGGAGGAAGAAGGACUUGUGAUUGUGAAGGUGGAAGAUUGCUCUUGGGAGCAGGAACCUGCCCAGCAGACGGACAGCAGGGAUUCAGAAGCCUGCCGGCAGCGCUUCCGCCAGUUCUGCUACAGGGAUGUGGGUGGGCCACACGAAGCCUUCAGCCAGCUCUGGGAGCUCUGCUGUCGCUGGCUGCGGCCUGAGCUGCACAGCAAGGAGCAGAUCCUGGAAUUGCUGGUGCUGGAGCAGUUCCUGGCUGUGCUGCCAGGGGAGAUCCAAGCCCAGGUGCAGAGGCAGCACCUCGGGAGUGGUGACGAAGCUGUCGCUUUGGUGGAGGACAUACAGAAUCAGUCAUUGAAAGCCUGGCCACAGGAUGGACUCUCGGAAGUGGAGCCUAGGGCAGCAGUCCGGGGACUCCAAGGCGCAGGGCCUCCCCAGAAAGCAAGAGUACAGAAGCAGCUGCCUGCACCCCAAGGGCAGCCUAGCCAUGCCCAGCUUCCUGUUCUUAAGGAAGGACACACAGGAGAGGUGAUGGACACUGGCUUUGGCUCUGCAGUUCACCUGCCUGGGAGACCUGAGCUGGGUCACAUCUCCCCAUUCCAAAAACCUGCGGCACUGGGAGACAUCCCUUUCUAUUUCUCCCGAGAAGAGUGGGGCUCCCUGGACCCUGCUCAGAGGGAUCUCUUCUGGGACAUAAAGAGAGAGAACUCCCGGAAUGCUGCUCUCGGUUUGGGAUCCCAAAGCCAGAGUGACAGAGGUCCUCCGGAGGAGGCGGUGACAGCAUUGUUGGGACAGACUGACUGUGGAGUGAGUAUGUCCUGGAAUCCGGAGGAGGCUGAGACAGAGGUCUGGAAGAGUGAAACCCCCCCGAGGACAGCCCUGGGCCCGCUGGUGGUAGCUCGUCCUGGCCGGCCGCCUACUCGCAAGCGUCAGUUUCGGAAUUUAGUUACUGAGAAGCCGCAUAGCUGCGGGCAGUGCGGGAAGCGCUUCCGCUGGGGCUCAGACCUAGCCCGGCACCAGCGAACGCACACUGGUGAGAAGCCACACAAGUGUCCUGAAUGCGACAAGAGCUUCCGCAGCUCUUCUGACCUGGUGCGUCACCAGGGCGUGCACACGGGUGAGAAACCCUUCUCCUGUUCUGAGUGUGGCAAGAGCUUCAGCCGCAGCGCCUACCUGGCUGACCACCAGCGCAUCCACACAGGCGAGAAGCCCUUCGGCUGCAGCGAGUGUGGCAAGAGCUUCUCAUUGCGCUCCUACCUGCUGGACCACCGGCGUGUGCACACGGGCGAGCGGCCUUUUGGCUGUGGCGAGUGUGACAAGAGCUUCAAGCAGCGUGCACACCUCAUCGCGCACCAGAGCCUGCAUGCCAAGAUGGCCCAAUCCGAGGGGUGAGUCGUCAGUGGGACCCGAGCAGCCCAGCGAGGUGGACACUCCUCCCAGCCUCUCUUUGUUCCUCUUGGAGAAUUCUCCUUUUGCCUGUGACCACUGCCAGCCUAUCAAGGGACCCAAGGGGCCCGUACUCAGAACUGGCCUGCCUGCUCCCAGGAUCCUCCCACCUGUCUCUCCCCAUCCUGCUCUGGAUUUCUUUUCCACUUGUUUCCUGGAGCUUCAUAGUUUCCAGUUGAGUAUCAGGUGGUGUAAGGCCUUGGGCAGGACCUAGAGAUUCUCUCCAGGACCUCCAGCCUUGCUUGGCCGGAGGCUCCCUGUUUCUGUCUACUUGUGCCUUCCAGUGGGGACUGGCCUCCAUCCUCAGGGGACUGCUGGGCUUUGGGAAGGACCAUGGGCCCACACCAAUGAGAAUUUAGGUCCUGGGUUUGGUCAUAGCAGCUUCCUGGCCUUUCCCUCUCUUCCCUCCCAACCUGUGACCACUCUGUACUGACCCCAGGAAGCUGCCUAGCUGUCCUGCUGUGAACCCCAGACACACUUGCCUGCAGGUGGUCUGGCUGACUAUAGCAGCAGGCUGACUCUGGAGAGCACCCACCCCUCCAGAGGUGUGGCUUUUGUUGUACUUAACACUAGCACUCUAUCAGCACUUGGUAGCUGACUCCUCCAGCACUGUGUUCCAUGUUUUUAAUCUGCGUUGUGUGCAGAUUCACAUUAACAGGGACAGACCAUGGACCCUCCAAGAGGGCUCGGCCCAGUGGGCUUCAGAAGAGUUUGAAUAAACAUGGAAACUUUC